UUCUCUUUUAUUUACGUCAACAAUCCAAACAAACUUUGCCAAAGCAAAACAUUUCGUGCACGUUCGUUCUUCAAACACUUUUUGGAGAGUAUUUUAGUGCAAAUCGUACUCGCCUCCAAAAUGGUUUACAUCCACUUCCCGUCAAACCUUACCGAAGAAGAGCUGAUGCUUCAGGCAAAGUACGCCAAGCUGCGCAAGAAGAAAAAAGCGCUCCAAGCACUGAAGGCACCGAAACAGGAACCAGAGAAGAACUUGCUUCCCAAGCGUCCGGCCGACGCGAGAGAUGCCCGGGAGGUGGCCCGUAAGCUGUUGAAGAGCGGCGCCAUACAGGCGAUACAGAAACCUCAGCCCAAACAGGAGGGUUCCUUCAAGCGACCGAAGGGCCAGGAGCGGAAGCGAACCCAGCCGGAAAUGUCCCCCGCCGGUCAGUAUCAAUCGUUCGGUGCGUCAACGGAGUUUGAAAGCUCCAGCGCAACGCCUCCCGUCCCGUCCAGCAGUGCGACCAGUGCGUCGACGACGCCGGCCGAAACUCCCAACAGUCCGGCGGAGAAGGAAACGAGCCGCGUGCAGAACCUCUACCAACAAUUUGCCAACGAGCGGGAGAAGGAGGACCAGAGCGACAAAUCGAAACCGGGCGCGGAUGCAUCGAAGGACAAACCACGCUCCGGGAACACGGUGUACGUGUCGGGCAACAAGGUGACGGAGAACUUUCUCAAGAAGCACUUCAGCGACUUUGGCGAAAUUCUCAACAUAUCGAUGGAGAUCGAGAAGGGACGAGGGUUUAUCACGUUCUCGAAGACGGAAUCGGCCGACAAGGCGAUCGCCGACCUGCAUUCGAAGACGGUCGGAGGAAUACAGCUGCAGGUGCAGCUGGCCCGCCGUCAGCCCCAGAUCAAUCCGAUCAACGAUGCCGGCUCGUCGGCCGUCUGGUCCGCGCUUGCUACCAACCGGUCGCAGAAGGGCAAACACAAGGACAAUCGUGAGCUGGUGUGUUACGAUCACGAUGAUAUAUUUUAAGCGAACUGUCGUUACAAGACACGGUCGUAUCCAUUUUGUAGAUUUUAAGCUGAAGAAUAAAUAGAAAUAAGGGGGUAAAACGUAA